GUUCAGAGUGACUCAAAUAGCAAAAGAACAGAAAAUGAAAAAAGGCUAUUUUACAGUCCAUGGAGAAUAAGAUGUUAGGAAUAGAACUUGAAGCAAAACCCAGUGGAUCACCACCCAUGGGGGAUGAUGACAAAUAUAUAUAUUGUACACUACUGUAUUUAUCCAUGUGCAUAAUCAACUAGAUUUGUUCUCUACGGGGAAACUAUGAAGUAUAUUUGUCAAUGCUUUGGGACAAGUUUGUUUUGCAAAUACAUAAUUAUUUUUCAUGAAACAAACAACUUUAUUAAUAAUACCAUAAUAUUUGGAAGAUAUCCCAGUGUGACUGGAGAAAAGAAAGUUGAGAUUAAAAGUUGACAACCAACAAAGUCAGCUUUUGUCUUUGAACAAGUUGAUGUAUUGUUUUUAAUACAAUUGCCUUUACAAAAGAUGCAAAAAUUGAAUUUAUGAAAUCACUAACUAUUUUGUCUCAAUGGGCGUGAUUUUUAUUUUAUUUUACUAAUGGUGACAGCAAAAUAAAAUAUUUAUUUCUUUAAUUAAACUCGACAGUAACUCGACAGUAUUUCUUUAAACUCAACAGUAAGUGAAGCAUCUUAUUCAAUGCAAGGCAGCGGCUUGACAACAACCCAUGGCAACUAUUGGUGCAAAACCAACACGUGACCACAGCUUAUACAGGAAGUAGCUCACGCUGGAGCGUGGUUAUUUGUUUACAUCCGACCUCGGUUGGGAUUUCCUUUGGCUGUUCGAGCUGUUCAUUUUCAUGGAAAGAAAUACAUUUUUAUAGGUUCCCGGAAUCAUCGAUUGUUCAAUGUGCGCCGGCUGUUGGAACGGCUUCAAUAAUUGUGUGGCUUGUAGCCUCCGCCGAAACAUGCUAAUGCUAAAUGGCACGGUGCUCCUAGCAUCUUGCUACCAAAGAAGCUAACACAAGAACCUGUCAGAAGCGACACAAGGACUGGUAAGAAGCCGCCGGGACCUGGACGAUGUUAAGGAGUCAACGGCGUCCUAUUGCACCAUGGCAUUGUCUGAGGUUAGCUGGGAUAAGGAUGUCCCCCUCCCCAGGCUGGGUCCGGUCCAGGCUAAAAUCACCGUGGGGCUGGUGGCACUUAUGUGCUUCAUUAACAGUUACGAUGGGGAGUUUGUGUUUGACGAUUCAGAAGCCAUCAUCAACAACAAGGAUUUGAGAGCAACCACGCCAUGGAACAACAUUUGGAGCAAUGACUUCUGGGGAAGCAACCUGAGCAGCAACUCCAGUCACAAAUCCUACAGACCGCUCACUGUCUUUACAUUUAGGUUGAACUACAUAUUAGCGGGCGGCCUGCACCCUGUUGGCUUCCAUGUACUGAACAUCCUCCUUCACGCUGUCAUAUCUGUUCUCAUGGUGGAGGUGUUUGCCCUGCUGAUAGGCGGAAUGGUUUACGAUGAGCGUGGUUGCAUCCCAAAUCGUGCUCCCAAGACCUCCCUGCUGGCUGCACUUCUCUUCGCUGCACACCCGGUCCAUACGGAAAGUGUGGCGGGUAUUGUGGGUCGAGCAGAUCUGCUGUGCGCGCUGUUUUUUCAGCUUUCCUUCCUUACCUACUGCAAAGCCUUCAGCACAGGCGUGGACAAAGAUGGCGGCUUCUCCACACGGUGGAUUGUGAUCAGCCUCUCGUUUUGUGCUGCUGCCAUGCUUUGUAAAGAGCAAGGCAUCACCGUCUUGGGCGUAAACGCAGCUUUUGACGUCCUCGUCAUCUGUAAUGUUGACGUGUAUGAACUGAGCCAGAGGCUACUCCUCAGGAAGACCCCUCUUAAUGCACGUGAGAUGAUGCGGACCGGCCUGCUGACGCGAUUGGCCCUGGUGGCUCUGAGCGGCGUCCUCAUGCUCUACACCCGCUGGAGGAUCAUGGGAACUGGGCCACCAGCGUUUACUGAAGUGGACAACCCUGCCUCGUUUGCGGAGAGCAUGUUUCUCAGAGUGGUCAACUAUAAUUACUACUACAGCCUGAAUGGCUGGUUGCUGCUGUGUCCCUGGUGGCUGUGCUUCGAUUGGUCCAUGGGCUGUGUGCCGCUCAUUAAGGCCACCGCCGAUUGGAGAGUGGUGUGGCCACUGCUGCUCUGGUGCAUCCUGAUAGGCUUGGUAGGCCAAGCCUUGUUCUCGCCCGACGUGCAGCAGAGGAGGACCCUGAGUUUGUCCCUAGUGCUACUGGUGGUCCCCUUUUUGCCGGCCUGCAACAUUUUCUUCCGGGUGGGCUUCGUCAUUGCCGAGCGAGUGCUCUACCUGCCCUCGUCUGGUUACUGCCUCCUGCUGGCCUGUGCCUUGGGACACUGCUGCCGCCGCUGGUCCAAGUACAAGAAGCUGCUGUGUCUCGCCAUGGUGGUGGUGUUGUUCACUUUUGUAGCUCGCUGCGCUCUCCGCAGUCACCAGUGGCGGUCCGAGCAAAGUCUCUUCACCAGUGCGCUAGCCAUCUGCCCCCUUAACGCCAAGGUCCAUUACAAUGUGGGGAAGAACCUGGCCGACAGAGGAAACACCACAGCUGCCAUUAGCUACUACAGAGAGGCCGUCAGGCUUCACCCCGCCUAUGUGCAUGCCAUGAACAACCUGGGCAACAUCCUAAAGGAAAGGAACGAGCUGACAGAGGCCGAGCAGCUGCUAUCUAAAGCCGUUUCCAUACAACCGGAUUUCGCUGCUGCCUGGAUGAAUCUGGGCAUCGUGCAGAACAGCUUGAGCAAGUUUGAACAAGCAGAGAAGAGCUACUGGAAUGCCAUCCGCUUCCGGAAGAAGUACCCGGACUGUUACUACAAUCUGGGACGCCUGUAUGCAGACCAGCAAAGACACGUGGAUGCUCUCAACGCAUGGAGGAAUGCAACAGUGCUUAAACCUGAUCACAGCCUAGCGUGGAACAACAUGGUCAUACUACUAGAUAAUAUUGGUAACUUGGGUCAGGCAGAGCUGAUUGGCCGAGAGGCUCUGAAGCUCCUCCCGAAGGACCACACCAUAAUGUUCUCGCUGGCCAACGUCCUGGGGAAGUUAGAAAAGUACAAGGAAUCAGAGAGCUUCUUCCUCCAAGCACUCCAGAUCAACCCAAACGCGGCUGGUUGCCAUGGCAAUUUAGCCGUGCUGUACCAUCGCUGGGGGAAGCUGGAGCUGGCACAGAAGCACUACGAGCUGUCUCUUAAGUUGGACCCCCAAGCCCCGGGGACGCGAGACAACUACAACAUGCUGCGUCGCAAACUGGACCAGCGCAAACGUCACACGCCCUGAGGGUUUGCCCACUGCCACUAUCAAACACUCCACAUUUCCUUCACUGAUACGGCACAAUGCGGCUGCCUUUUUUGUAGUUAUUGGAGGACACCCUCACAUCUGAUGUCUCCUAAUUAGAUUUCACGUCUUGUAUCAGGCGCAGGUGUGAGUGGGGCACUUGAUCGUCUCCGCCGCUGUGUCAUCGUUGUUGUUGUUGUUUCCCUGUUUGAAGACCAUGUGGAACUCAUCGUCCUCCACACGGUGUUGUCUCAGCUGGACACAACACCAGGCACGUGUGGACGAGAAAGAAUUCUUCAUGUCGGUUAUUUGGAUUGACCUUUUACCUCAACUGUUCCUCUUUAUCGUGCUCAAUGUGAAGUAUUGAUUCACUCUGACUGAAGAUCAUAGGGAAACGUUGUAUUCUUCCUACCGGUCACAAUUUAUUUGCAUCACAAUUAAUAUUAGUGUCUGAGUAACAAUACUUGAGAUCUCAACAUGAACCUAAAAUUGUCUCUUUUUUUAAGUUUGGAUAAAACUAGCCAUAUAAUUUUAAUGUGGAUCAGGAUAACAGUGCAGAUCGAGGAAUCAAUCACAUGUCAUUAUUUAUGCUUUUACCCCACUUUUUGGGUAGCACAUCAGUUAAACGACAAACUUGUUAAAUUUGGUGCAGAUCUGAAUAAAGAUUCAGAAUUAAGACAUUUAUUUUCAGUUAAUCGUAGGAUAAAAGUGCAAAUGAAGAAACUCAUUGUCACUUGACAAUUACAUCACAUUACGUUUUGUGCCAACAUUUUUCACUACAUUUUCCCUCCCUGACCAGUUUGGCAUUUCAGUAACUUGUAAUUCUUGCUCUUCUUUGGUGCAGUGUAUGUUUCAUAUAUUGUGCAUCAUAUAAGGCUUAUAUGAGCUACUCUUGAAAAAGGCCACUAUUGCAUUUUUUCAUACAAGACAGUACAUAACAAUCGUGAAAACUAUGGUACAUAAGGAAAUCACGUCAACAUAUUUUUCAUACAUGUUUCAUAUGAUUAUUAAGAUAGUAAUAUUUAUCAUAAUAGCUAUGUUAACUUUAAAAAUGAUAUGAAACAUGUAUGGUAUGUUGACAUGUGAUUUCCUUAUAUACCACAUACAUGAUCCUUGUGAUUUAUAUUGUAUGGAAAAAAAAUGCAAUAUACUGUAUGAAACAGUGACUGAAAGUAUUUAGUCUAAUUAUUUGCCAUAUGGGUAAGUUUAGGGCUAAACCAAUGUCAGUGAAAUUUUGUAGAGGGAUGGUGCAUGGUCCAAGGAAGAAUUGAGGGAUCACAAGACAUUGGGGGAUAUUUUCCCCCAAAUGUAAUUUCCAAUAUGCAUGAAUGUUAAUGAAAAAAAUAAUCAGUUGGAAUUUUUGGGGCCCGGGCAGACGUCUGCCGAGUGCCAUUCUUUGUUCUUCAAUUGAUGAUGAUGCUACCCUGCAGCCUCGCCUUAAUGGGAGAAAGGUGUUUGUGUUGGGCCUCUCUUCAGAAGGAGGCAAGAGGUCAGAGAAGACAGGAACCUUGACAGCGGACUCUUCAUAAAAACACUGCCGCUUCAAAGAACAGAUGAAGGGGGGGGAGUAGGGUUGGUGUCCCCUGGGGACAACACACACAGAGACAGAUCAGGCGACCUUAGUGUGAAACAUCAGUCAACAAGUGUGCACCCGAGGUUAAAGGUCAAUACACUUCUAUUUUUUCACCUGCUUCCUUCAGCUCGAGGGGAACUUUUGUUUGCGCUUACAGUACAAUGCAACACUUUGUUACUUUGAUGCUCCUCACGUCUCAUUGGAUGUUUGAUCUGCUAAAUAUGAAACCGAUAGCAGGAGGGAGACCAUAUGGACUAAAGUCUCAGGACAUGCAUUUUAAUUAAGAUCAUGGGAUACAUCAGGGGAGUGGGCUAACUGGGUUGAAAGAGAAACAAAUGACAAAGAAUGCAUGUCGGCAUGGUCUCAGAGCCUUGCAGCAAGUGCAAACCUUUACCUUUCUUUGUAGAAAUGCAUUUUAUACAGUAUUAUUUGGAUAUAAAAUGGGAGACAAUUAUGGCGAAAGAACUAAUGCAGAACUAGUAGAUUGAAACAUAAACAUUGACACACAUGUCCAAUGAGCUCUAGUGGGGAUGCGUAUUUAAUGCUGCAGAAAGAGUUAACUCAUAACUACAACAUAAGCGAGUAUUUCACUCUUAAUUCAUUUAACAAAAACUGUUUACAUGUCAGACCCUGGUUUGAUUCCCUGCUCGGGCAUCUCUGUGUGGAGUUUGUAUGUUUUCUCCACCCACAUUCCAAAAACAUGCUAGGUUAAUUGGCGACUCCAAAUUGUCCAUAGGUAUGAAUGUGAGUGUGAAUGGUUGUUUGUCUAUAUGUGCCCUGUGAUUGGCUGGCGACCAGUCCAGGGUGUAACCUGCCUCUCGCCUGAAGACAGCUGGGAUAGGCUCCAGCAUGCCUGUUAUCCCAUUACUUUUGUGCAUGUAAUGUAAGCUUAAGUAUUCAAUUACUGUUGUCUGACUGUAAAGGUCACCAUUGUUAAAGGGGGAUUCAUGCUAUGGAGCAAAUGCAGACAGAAUAGGAUCAAAUGGUGACAUUCAAGAAUCCCUUGUAUUAUUAUAGUCGGUCACACAGUGUAAUGAUGUACCAACCACUCACUUUUUUGGAACCUUUCUUUACUUUUUGGCAGGGAUCCUUUUCACUUGGCACCUUCUGUUGCUGCUGCCGCUGCACAGCUGUGCGGAAGCAUCAUUGGGCAAGAAAAAGGAUGAAAAGGCGGGGGGUGGGGGGUGCCUUUAUCGUAAUCAUUCUUUGAAUACCUUUCAUUAUCAUAAAAUAUGUUGGGCAUUAAAGGGAUGGAUUCACCAAGCCCCGUCGACAUCUUCAUUAGCCAUUCUGACUGAGAGAGGGGGGGAAAAAACCUGAGACUUCCCAGGGAGUGACAUUAAUAAAAGAUGGGUUGGUAGCCUGCUUAUGAAGUGCUCUCCUUGUACUCCUUGCACCUUUUACUCGCUUGGAUUGUCCGUCAUAAUCAUAUCAUGAUAUCCACUCCCAGGUGGAGCGCUUUGUGGUAUUGUGGGGAAAAAAAAGCAGUUGUGAAGCUAAGAGAAGAUGGAAGAUCAAUCAGAGCCAUUGCACAGACAUUGGCCAUAGCCAGUACAACCAUUUAGAAUGUCCCGAAGAAGAAAGAAAACACUAGUGUACAAAGUAACAGACGUUGAAUUGGUAGACCAAGGAAAACAACAGCAGUUGACCACAGGAAGAGAGCUCUAAAGAAGGACCCUAAAACAACAUGAGCAGAAGUACAGAGGCUACACCAAAAGAUCCAAACCACUCAUUAGCACAAAGUACAUAGACAAGCCUAAAAAAUGAUGUGACAAAGUUUUAUGGACUGACGAAACAAAGAUGAACCUUUACCAAAGUGAUGGAAAGGCUAAAGUUUGGAGAAAGAAAGGAUCUGCUUAUGACAUUCAAUAUUGAUGUCAUGACGUCACGUUUAAGCUCAUCUGUGAAACAUGGUGGGCAAUGUUAUGGUCUGGGCUUGCAUUGCUUCUUCUGGGACGGGCUCAUUAAUCUUCAUGGAUGAUGUAACCCCUGAUGGCAGCAACAAAAUGAACUCAGAAAUCUGCAGAAUCAACAUUUUGACAACAUUUUGUCUGCGAAUUUAAAGAAAGAUGCAUCCAAACUGAUUGGGCGAUCCUUCAUCAUGCAGCACGAUACAAUUCCUUGUCCUCACGAGGGUUGCAGGGGGUGCUGGAGCCUAUCCCAGCUGUCUUCAGGCGAAAGACUGGUGGCCAGC